AUGCAGUUGCAGAUCUGGAGCCGGGAGCUCGCCCCGAAGCCGCCCUGCGAGGAAGGCACCUUCCGCGAAGCCCCCUGGCAGAACUGCGUCCCGUGCGAUCUGUGCGAUGGCGACCACCGGGAGUACGAGCGGCGGUGCAACGGGACGGUCAACGCGCUCUGCCGGUGCCGUCCGGGCUUCCUCUGUGGCGGGAAUGCGUGCGAGCGGUGCCUCUGCUCCGCGGGACAGGAGCCCACGGCGGAAGGAUGCCGGAGUUGCCCUAAGGGGACCUUUAGCAACCAGAGUCACGCUCCGUGCCGCCCCUGGACACGAUGCCCGGAGGGCCACAUCCUGACUCCAGGGACAGAGAAGACGGACGUGGUUUGCCGGCCGGGUCUGGAGGAACCUGGGACCACCGCGCCACCGGGGGUCCUCUCCACGCAGAUGCGUUCCGAGGAGACGGACAGCCGGCUCCUGGCGGUCAUUCUGGCCCUGCUGGGCGUCUUACUGCUCUGCUUGGUGUUCCUGCUGCUGUCCUGCGUUUUCUUCCGAUCUUGGGCCCGAGAGAAGUUCCGGAAAGGACCCCCGAAACAGCUGGCCCAGGAGGUGGAUGACUGUGUCUACCGCUACCCCGAGGAAGAAGAGGGGGAAGGCUCCGGCACCCCUUGCCUGAAGGGAGAGCUCCUUCUUGAGAAAGGGCCUUAGCUCCCUUGCCUGUUCAGAGGAGGAAGGAAAAGGGCAGGGCAGGUGGCCAGCCUGGGG